AUCGUUGAUUAUGGCAUGGCCGUGCAUCACACGGGCUUGCUGCAUUAACCGCUUCUGGAGUGAAUUAGACAAAGCGGACAUCGCCGUGCCUUUGGUUUUCACGAAAUAUUCGGAUGUGGCCGAGGUGCAACACCUCCAUCCUCAGCCUCCCUCUAGACAGAAGAGGACCGGACCUAUCACCAUAGAAACCCAGCCUUCUCACAGUGAACCGGAGGCGGCGGCGGCGGCCAAGGCACCGCCCGCGACUGGUGCCGCAUCAGGAAAACAUGGCUGUAGUGCGUCCGUGAUGCGACAGGAUUUCAGGGAAUGGAAAGAUAUACGCCCGGAGCCCAGCUGCAAACCUAAGAAUGAAUAUCACCCCUCGGCGACUCCUUUCAACAACGUAACCCAGUAUCAGAAGGAUUAUAAACCAUGGCCUGUCCCUAAUAAGGGAGACCACCCCUGGAUCCCCAAACCCAGCCCCACUGCCUCCUCUGGUGCCCAAGAAGGAGGCGUGGGGAGCAAAUUGGAGCAUGCAGCCACAGAGCCCGAGAGCGGUGUGGAGAAGAGUGAAAUUGAAGAAAAGGUGCAAGAGAAAGAAUCCAAAGAGAGGAAAAAGAAACCAGUGAAGAAGGAGAAGACUGUAGAGAAGAAAGUGAGUGCCAAAAUGGAGGGACAGCCACCGGCAGGUGCCACUGUGGAGGGGAAAGGAAGGGCAGCAGCAGACGCGCUGAACAGACAGAUAAAACAGGUCGUCUCAACUGGCACUGGCAGCUCUUAUAGGAAUGAGUUCAAGGCGUACAAAGAUGUGAAGCCAGUGAAGUCAACCAAGCCCCAGUCUCAGUACAAACCCCCUAUGGAUGACAAGGACAAGACCAGCCUGGAGACCAGCUACAGCGCCACCUACAAGGGGGAGCAGACCAAGGUGCAGCCCACUGACAACAAGCUGCUGGAGCGCAGGAGGAUACGCAGCCUGUACAACGAGCCGGGCGGCAAGGAGACCACCAAGGUGGACAAGACAAAAACCAAACCAAAAAAGACAUCAACGACAACGAGCAAAAUGGUGAAAAAGGCGAAAGAGAAGACCAUCGCUGGUGCACUGUCAACCAAGAAGAAAACCUCCACGAGCACCAAGCCAGACGAGUCCAAGCCAGAGGGAGUCGUUAUCUCAAAGAAGAGCAAAGAGAUAAGCAAUAGACUGGCUGAGGCAAAAAAGUAAAAACAAAACAUCUCUGCACUACUUUAUUUAGGGAAUUAAACGCUGCCUAAUGAAUUAGAGAACUCUCAUCCAUUUCGUUUAUCUCUUUCUCUCUGUAUUUUCCUUCAUGUUCCUCGUCUCUGUGUAUACUCACUAGAUGUGGAGCUUUUAAGUUGACAGUUUGACAUCUUCACCAUGCUGUCGUUUAACUAUAAUGCUUUGUGUGUGUGUGUGUGUGUGUGUGUGUGUGUGUGUGUGUGUGUGUAUGCGUGCGUGUGUGCGCGUGUGUGCACGUCCUCUCUCUGUUAAAACUUCAGCACAUUUUUUGCACAUUCUUUUGUUGCAUUUGUCAAUCCUUUGUAGAAAGAAAAACAUUCUAAAACAGAGAGCCAUUGAUACACAAACUGUACAUCAAGAACAGUAUAUGGCUCUUAAACGGCUGUUGAAGGCAGUGAGAGGUUUUGCUUUUUUUUCUGACUACCUAUCAUCAUACUGAUGAUGGAUUGUCUAUAGUUCUUCUUUUCGAUCUCUUAGACGGCAGUGACUAUGUGGUCUCUGCAGAUAUAAAAUCUUAAUUACUGUAGCGUUUCCUGGUUACAGUGACUCUACUCUUUGGACCUAGAUUUCAUUUCAUAUUUCAUCAUAUUCGGGAGGAUAUCUGUUUUCAUCAAUUUGGUUGCUAAGAAACCAAUUGAACUGUAAUGUAAUUGCUACAGCUUGCAUGCAAGGCCCUCUUUCUGGUUGUAUAGUAGCGUUCUAGUGUCCUAUUCUCACGGUCACAAUCUAGCUUCUCAUUCAUGAGAAAUCACAUUUCCAAAAUUACUGCAUGUGUAGUGAUAGUCUGAUCUCAUACCAUAAGUGUCUACACAAACAAACAAGAAAAUUGUCACUGACUUACAGUACAAAAGAUAGCACUUAGUACUCUAGUGCCUAUUGUAACUGUUAUGUCAACCCACCAGCUUUGAAGUUCUACCUUCACACACAUGGUUCUACUGCCUUCUUCAAUGUGAGAACCACUUUGUCCACUUUCCAGUUAUUUGAUACAGUAUGAAAACUGAUGUAUUUCUGAUAAUACACCCGUCUUUAAUGAUGUCGUUAUUUUAUCCAUUACAAAGCUGUGAUCUAUUGGUGUGCAAAACCAUGUAUAAUGUUAAAAUGAGCAUAUGUAUGAUAUAGGAAAUAGGAGAACCUAUUGUAUUUACUCAAUCACCUCCACUUUCUUCAAUGGGCUCAAUAGUUAGGUGUAAAAAGAUAAGGAGUGGGCCAGGAUUAGAAGAUCAAAUCUGCUUUUUGGAACAUGCAGCUGCCUGUCUGGAACCAUUGGUAUCACAUCUAUUCAUAGUGAGUGUGAGUGCUACUCUGAAAGCAUCUCACCCUGUCUCUCUUAUGUCUGUGCACCUGCAGUCCGCCAGUAUGUUACAGUAUGUGGCAGUCCUCCCAUACGCUGCUGUGUGUCUGCUAUUGUCUAUUGUACCCCCAGACCACCCUGCUCUCUGGUACCUGUCAGGGUUCAGUGUGUUAGACCUCCACAGCUCGCCGGCUCCUAGCGCCUGCCCCCCAGGACAGUAACUAAUGUGCUGAGCACACCACACCUCGGUGCUAUGACUCUCUCAUCUAUAUGCUGUCAGUUUGAUGCGAAUGUACUCAGACCGUGUGAAAUGAUGACAAUAUGAUGUCAUAUACUGCAGAUGUGUUGUGAUUGUGUGCUUGUAUUCUCAGCUUGCUCUGAAUGAACUAAUUAAAAAUGUUGAAGCAGAA